GGAAAGUUAUCAUAAAAGCUCAGUUUUCUUUUUCAAGUCUUAAUUCUAAAGGUUGUUGUUUCCGUGCUAGGAAAACUCGAAGCAUUUAUUUAUAAUAUUUGAGUAAAAAAUUAUUUUUUAAACAGGAUAGAUCAAAGCAACUAUAAAUAUUUGUUUUUGUUUAUGAUUUGUACGCAAUACCAAAUUACGUUUGCUAUUUAAUAAGGCUGUCAUUCAUAACGCAGUUCACAUUGACAUUGACAUUGUGAUUGACGACUUAAUUGCUUCCGCAAUGAUUUCAAUUAAAUUACUACUCAUCAUUAUAGCUUGUUUUGAAUACGGAAUGAUGCUAGAAUUUGCAAAAGACUAUUAUAUGCCUUGCUGGAAAUGGGGAGUGUGCAAAGCAGAUGACGCAAUUUAUGCAAAAAUACGCAGUUGUUAUGCAUCAGUGCCUGAAAAAGAGAGAAUUGAAAUUACCAAAAAAGCCUCAGAAACUGGAGUAUUUGAAUAUCCUUCAGAUUUAGAUGAGUUUGGCGUAAAAUUUUGUAAGCAGGAAAAAGAUCUACAGAAUCGUAUUGCUGUUGAACUUGGCCGAAUAGGUAUAGAUAAGUACUCCGAAUUUUGCGCUAACCCCUCCACUGUCGAUGAUUGUGCUCGAUAUGAAAAAGUGAUGAGAUGUCUCAAUGAUAACCUUGAUGAAUUGCAUGCAGAAGAGUUUUGUUAAAAUUUUGUCAUGAUCUGUAUUAAUGUAAAACUGCUUAUUUUUGAUUUCCUUUAUCAAUUUAUGAAAUAAAAAUUAUUGUUCUG